AUGGCUGAGUUCUCUAUUGGAGUGGAAUACUGUGGGCUUCCGAAAUGCUGUGCUAAAUGCCAGGAUUUCGGGCAGGACUGUGCAACACCGGAGCCAGGGGUGCAGACAAAGCAGGUUUGGAGAGUUAAGCAGGCUCAUGUGGUUGUUCUGGACAAAGUUGCAGAAGGUGAGGGGGUCAAGGUGGCUGCAGUGGCAAAAAUGGAUAAAGGGAAAGAAGUUGUGGUUGAUGCUACCCCUCCAGUAACUCCAAGUGCCUUACCUACUCAGGAGGAAUUUAACAAAGUCAUCAAUGGAGUUAAACCCAAACCUAAGAAAAAUGCUACGCCUGUUCUUCAUUCAAAUGCUUUUGAGGUGUUGUGUGGUAGCAGGAUGAUCAGUGUGCAGCCUCCACCAAAGAAGACAACUAGGGAGGGCUUACGCAGUCAGGGAGGAGCCACUAAGGUGGUGAAAUCUUGA